AUGGCAGGGUUCCCUGUCGGCUCGGCUCGAGCAUGGCUCAGUGACACGGACGUAGUGCCAGAGAGGAUGCCGCUGAGCAACGCCAAGAGAGUUGUGGUCAAGGUCGGCACCGCCGUCGUCUCCAACUCCGAUGGGACCCUCGCACUUUCUCGCCUCGGAGCCCUUGUCGAGCAGCUCCGGGGCCUUAAGGACCAGGGACGGCAGGUCAUCCUUGUCAGCAGUGGAGCAGUUGGACUCGGGCGCCUCCGCCUCGGUCUCGCCAAGGAUGUUGUCGCCAACCCUGCCAACGUCAUCGAUCGACAAGCAUGCGCAGCUGCUGGACAAGGGAUCUUGAUGAGCACAUAUGACAUGUUGUUCCAACGCCUCGGUCUCACCUGCGCCCAAGUUCUCAUCACGCAGGGCGAUUUCUUGUCACGCCAGCGAUACAGUUACCUUACAGACACGUUGGAUCGACUUACUUCACUUGGUGUCAUCCCCAUCAUCAACGAGAACGAUGUUGUGACCGGAUGUCACGAGCUCGACACUCAGCGAGUCUUCAGUGACAACGAUAAGCUCUCGGCGCUGCUUGCUGCUGGUUCAGACGCUGACGGCCUUGCUCUUCUCACAGACGUCGAGGCUGUCUUCACCAAGCCUCCCGACCAGGAGGGAGCAGAGAGAAUCAAAGUCUACAACUCCCUCACGGCUGUCGAAAUCGGCGAGAAAUCAUCCAUGGGAAGGGGAGGGAUGGCCUCUAAGAUCGGAGCAGCGAGGGUCGCUGCGCUAGGAGGAGUUCACACUGUUGUGGCUAGCGGCUACGAUCUUGACAACAUCGCCAAAGUCUUUGCGGGAGCAGACGUUGGAACACUCUUCCCGGCCUCGGCGAGGCCCAACAAGCGCCAGCGGUGGCUCACUUUUGCCACUGUCAGCGAGGGGAAAAUCCGCGUCAAGGCAGCGGCUAAAGACCGACUGAUCUCUUCCUCUGCUGCCCAGGCUCUCCUUGCAAACGAUCUUGUCAACAUUUAUGGAGAUUUCCCCGAUAGAGCGGUUGUCACUGUGGAGGACCAGGACGGUGUUGAGUUUGCGCGAGGGAUGGUGCAGAUGUCAGCAGACAAUAUGAGAAAGGAAGUGCAGGUAAGGAGGGAUGAGAGGACGAGGAGGGGAGAGUGGAGCGGGAGAGCAAAGUGGAGGAGAGAGAAAGGGAAUGGGAGGGAGAAAGAAGGAGAGCAUGGAGGGCAGGGUGAGGGAGGUAGGAAGGAGGAGAGGAGGCAGGUGGUGGCAGGAGAGAAGGGAGGGAGGAGGAGGGGGAAAGAUCAAGGAUGA